UGAAAUAUGAACCUGCAUCGACUGAAGUCUGCAAUUCAUGUAUUUAUGUCUACACUACAUGUACUAUACACUGUAAACAUAUGAAAGAGAAGUAAAGGAAAUUGCCAAGUCUUUUCAACAAAUUUAGGAUUUAUACAGAAGAGGGAUGGAAGUAAAAAUGGAAUCUAAGAAUCAUUACUAUAGCUCAAUACUGACAAAUCUUCCGAGAGUUAUUACUAAUAAAGGUGAAACCAUUGUCAUGGAUCUGGCAGUCGUAUCUGAGCUACCAAAAUUAUUUGAACUGUUCCAAAGUGCAAUGAAAAAUGGCCAUGGGUAUGGCAUAGAUGAUUUCCAAAGCUACAAUAUGUUUAGAAACUUUUGCCUCCAAAUGAACGUCAUAACUGGAACAAUAAAAACAGCAUCUGGGGUUAUCUGUGGAAUCUAUACCAUUAACCCAAGUAGAUUAGCAGGAUGUCAUGAUACAGUAUUAGCUGCUGGUCACAUGGUUCUGGACCAGUCAAUCAGAAAUUAUGGAUUCCAUACGCAUAUUGCAAAGGAAUGUCUGAUUUCAAUGAAGCUAUUAGGGUUUCAUACUUAUCUUGGAGAGAGCAUUGUUGAUACUGUUGUGACAAAUAAUGUUAAGAGCCUAGGAGCAAAGGUUGUGGGGAGAAUACCAAUGUGCCUAAAUCUAGCCGAGAGGGGAUGGAGAAACUCAACAAUAAUGCAGAUUGAUAUGGUUGAUGAUUGUAAGGAGUCAAAGGUACUAAGAAGGACAAAGAUGUUGUCCUUCAAACCUGAUACAACUGGAAUAACAUUGAACAGUGUAGUGAAACUUCCGAACAUGCCACAUCAUUGCAAACUCCAAGACAAAACUCCAAUCAAAAUUGAUUAUGCAAAAUCAGAUGAACUUAUGACAAUCUUUGAAAUGUUCAGAGAUGCUAAAGAAAAUGGAAACCGGUAUGAUAUCCAUGAUUUUGAAACGUAUGACCAUUUUGUACAUAAAUUCCAAAAUGCCCACAUAUUCUUCGUCAAACAUUCCAAGACUAACGCAGCAUUAAUGGCGUGUGUUAUAACUCCUAGUCAUAUAUGUAGGAGCCAAAAUCCUAUCCUAUCAACUGGAUACACAGCUUUUCCCAAAUCUGAAUCUACCCCUGAGAGAGACCAUAUAUGGAAUGCUAUCAGGCUUCAUUCAGAGCUAUCUAAAGCACUGGGAUAUGUAGGAAUGUUGACAGAGGUGUCAACCAGAGACACAGAAAUGUUAGAAGCAACCAUACAACACCCAGUGAGGCGAAAUAUGUUUAAAGUUGUUGCAGAGAUCCCAAAGAUGAUGUUUGUGAAAGCGAGUGGUUAUGUGACUGGACUGAUUCUGUUCAGUAGAAAUGCUGAGGAAUCAAAGGUCUAAACUCUUGAAGUAUGCAAAAAAGGCAGUGAGAUGACAAAAUAUCAUCAUCACCUUUUUACAUACUCGCAAAUAUCAUAACCUUUUUUGUAAAGCCUCAGUCAUAUUUAAUCUAUGAUGAUUGUAGAUCAAAAUCAAGAGAAAUAUGCAGCAUAAAACGUAGGGAUAAGCCCUACGAGAGUUUGUACAUUGUUUAGCUACAGCCACGAUAG